CAGAUCUGAACUCAGAUACCGGAGCGGAGCAAGGCCCCCGUCAUGAUGAACUCCACUGACCCGGGAUCCAACGCCACCUUCGCCUCCGACACAGAGAACGCCACCCUGUCCAUCCUGACCCCCACCCUCAGCCCCACCCUCAGCCCCGCCCCCACCCUCUACUCCACAGACAUCCACGACCCAGAGUUCACCAUCAUGGUGGUCCUGGGCCUGUCCCUCCUGCUGGCGGGCUUCGCCGCCUUCCUGGCGGUGUGUCGACCUUCUGGACCAGACGGCGACUCGGAGCAGAGCUGCGGCAUGGGCGGGGCUUUGACCCGAGGGAGGGGCCAGUCCAGCGAGCCUCAGCUCAAGGUGUGGAAGAGGCUGGGCUCUUACCGCCGAUCGUACAACCUGUCCUUCAGACGGCCGCCGCAUCGCAGGCCACAUGACCGCAACAGCACACGCGUGACGCAGCCACCACUGCCGCCGCGACAGACGCUGCCGCCGGUCACAGGGGCGGAGCCUCACCUGACCACGCCCUGUUUAUUUGACUAUGUGACUGAAAUCUGACUGGAUCUAAAAACAAUUCACUGUAUAUUUAAAGUCUGACACUGCAAACGCCGGCCGGUGAAGAGGACGACGUGGAGUUUGUCUAAAAACACUUUGAAUAUUGAGUGGAAGAAGUUUUUAUUAAACUAGAGACGACAAACUCAUUUUAGUU